GGUUUUGGAGCACCUCAGUCUGGUCAGAUGGGCAAUGGUGCUUCGGGUAGUCAUCAGUAUUCCGGAACUAGUAAUAAUCCACCUAAUCAGCAAGGGCAGGGGCAUGCUCAUUCCGGCUUCAAUUCAAAUCAACCCGGUGCUAGCAUUGGGCCUGCAAGUGCCGGGAACGACGGAUCACAGCUGACAUGCUACAAAUGCGAGAAUCCCGGUCAUGCCGGUAAGGACUGUCAGACAGUGUUAUUUUGCGCAAACUGCGCCAAGUAUUCGCAUCCCUCGCGCGAAUGCUCCUUCCUGUCACGACCUAAACCCGUUGCCAGCUUGGUUGGUAGUGCCGCUGACGGUUUGCAGAUGUUCUCGGCAAGGACCGGAAAGAAGCUGGAGCCGGAUGAAAACAGGGACGCCAUAGCUAUUGUUACUGUGAAGAACGCAAACCUGACUGUAUCACAGCUUGUUAACUCUUUGAGCAUGAUGUUCCAGUGGGGGGAAUGGGAGUGGAUGGCUAGACCUUACAUCAGAGAUAGCUUUCUGGUCAAAUUCCCUUCCGUGGAAAAAAUCGAUGAAAUGAAGGGUUUCGAUUCCUUUCGUCUGAUUGCAACGUCAGCUGACAUCAAAGUGGUAGACAGAUGGACUAACUCUUCAGCUGCAGCUUUCAAACUGUAUGUCUGCUGGGUUAGAAUAACAGGGGUUCCCGAGACACUGGAGCACUACCGGGGUUUUUGUGAAGCCGGUUCUCUCAUUGGUUCUGUUUUAGAAUUGGAUAUGGAGCUCUAUGGGCAAUCUGGAGUUCUCAGGCCUAAGAUUGGAGUCAUGGAUCCUAGGAAAAUACCCUCUAGUGCUCCUCUGAAUGAAAGUGGUUUUAUCUUCAACAUACACUUUGAGCUGGAAGACAUAGUGGAGGAGGGUGGUAUCCUGGUUAGCCAUCCUAGUGGUCCUGAAUCAUCUCAUAACAUUACAGAGAAAAGACCGAGAGAGCAAAGUAACAGAGAGGAUGCGGGGUGUAGCAAGUCUUCCAAGCAUGUUACUGGGGCUGGCAAGUCGGAUAAAGGGAACACUACAGUUUCAGCAGAGGAUGUGAUUCCGAGUCAAUAUGAACUUGAUAAGAACCUGGUUGCUGAAAAUGAGGUGAGGCAAAAAUUACUUGACAAAAAGCGGGAUGCUAAAAGAUCUCUCUCUGGUGUGGAGCAAGUUAAUGCUGAGUUUGCUAAUAGCGCUGCUAUGUUGGAGGAUUUCACAGAAGUGUCUGACAGCCAAAAGGGAGAAGAGUUUGAUUGCACUCAAGACGCAGAUGAUUUUGCUAGGAGGCUUGGGAGUAGCACUCAAAAAGUUAAAGAAAUCAAUGCCAAUGUUGAGAGUGAGAUGAUUGCGGAGGAAAAUGAGAAUCUGCUAUUGGCGCAAGAUAAGGAAAAUAGGAGCCCUUCUCUCGUUAGCUCCACUCAGGCCACGACCGCUCCCGGGAGAGAAGUGAGUCAGAAGCAUGUUCCCUUCUCUGACAAAGCUGGCGUAUGUUUCCAAUACCCCUUGCAAGACCUUUGUGAUGCCGAUGCAGUCAAAAAACAGAAAAUGAGGGAGGCUGAAGCGAGAGUUCAGAGAGCAAAAGACAAGGCGGCGCUUGAUGAAGCUGCUAGGAGAAGGAGUGAUAAGCAUAAGAAUAAAGAUGAGGGGCAGACUAUGGACAAGGCUACUGAGAUGGUAAAGAAGAAGAAUCUGGAAAUGGCACCAGGACAUAUUGUUUCGGAUACACUCCCUAAUGCCAAUGUGUGAAGCUGCUCGUGCUGCUUGCCUAUCUCACACCUUAUUACAUUCCUGGAGAUAUCAUUCCAGUCUCAUCUUUAGUAAGGAUACAAUUGGCUUGAAAGAAAGUGCGAGUGGAGAGAAGAUCAACCACAAGAUUGACUGCAUUCUCAGGAAACACAAAGGCAGCUUGAAAACAUUUAGGCUUGACUACAUCAAAAUGAAUGCCCCCGUUGAAUUUAGUUAUUUUGACAGUUGGCUUAGUAUUGCUCUUAAGCCUGGGUUUGAAGAACUCACCUUCGUGUUGUUUGAAAAAAAUUCUGAAACAAAGGGAAAAUUCAACUUCCCAUGCGCGCUUUUAUCUGACGGGGUUGGAAACUCACUUCGGUACCUUACCCUUCGUGCUUGUGUCCUCCAUCCCACAAUUGAAUUGGGACCCUUGAGAAGCCUGACAAGCCUGUGCCUGUGUCGUGUGAGCAUUACAUGGAAUGAGUUAGAGCGCCUUCUUUCCAACUCUCUCGCUUUGGAGCUAUUAGAUGUUAAUAGUUGCGCUGAGAUUAAAUGUCUGUAGUUAUCUUCUGCCCUGCAGCGGCUCAGCAGGCUUAGUAUCUUACCAUGCGAGAGAUUGGGAGUGAUAGAAAGCAAAGCUCCAAAUCUCUCUAGUUUUUACCUUGUAGGAGGCAGGUUAGACUUCUCACUUGUUGAAACAUUGCAAAUGAAGGAGCUACACUUAGUACAAAGCAAUCUUAUCUAUGAUGCCCGUGCCAAGCUGCCACCCAUUCUGCCAAAUAUUGAAACUCUUGCCAUAGAAUCACAACAUGAGGUGGUUGAUGCACCAAUGCUGCGUACCAAAUUCCUCUACCUUAAGCACCUGACCAUUGUUUUUAGAUUAGGACCAAACGGUGCCCGGGCAUAUGACUAUUUUUCUCUGGUUUCUUUCCUGAAUGCUUCCCCUUCCCUGGAGACUUUGACAUUAGAUGUGAGUCAGCGACGUAUGGUGCAUGAAUCGAUUUUUGUGGAUUCUCAGCUGAGGCACAUGCCUGAACACCGCCAUGGCUGUCUCAAGAGUGUGAAGAUCUGUGGUUUCAGCUCUGCGAAGUGCUUGAUUGAACUGGCAUGUUAUAUCCUCAAGAACGUGGUGUCACUCAAGUGCCUUACACUGGACACCCUUUAUGGGCAGAGGUGUGAUGAUGAAGGCGAUUAUGAUUGGUGUAUUCCCAUGCCGGAUAGCGUUCUCGUGGAAACCCCUAGGGCGCUCUCGGCUAUCAGAACGUACAUUGAGAAUAAAGUUCCAUCUGGAGUUAAGUUGACUGUCAUGGAGCUUUGCAGCCAGUGCCCUGCUAGAGGACUACGGCGGGUAUUAUCACAGUCGAGCAAUAUGGUGCGGUUUCCACUUUGUUUGUUUGUUGAACUAUUUAUGGCUGUGGCUCAGUGUAGUGUACCAAAUUUUUAAUCUACUCUUGGACGAACCAUGCUUUUUUCCCCUGAAGUAUCAGACAUGUUCAAUGUUCAGUUUUUGUAGUGUGGCAUGUUGAUCCGUGUUUUUCGUCCAAUGUUGAAAUAUUCAGUUGCAAGGU